AUGCUAACCGUAGGUCGACGAACAACAGCGGCAGUUGCGGUUUGCUGGUGGAGGCUUCGACCAUGGAGGGCCACAAUACCUCGGGCGCACCCGAUCCGGCUCACUCUGAUGUGUAUCGUGCAAAACAAAUUCGAAGUGCGAUAUCGCAACGUUUACCUCAAUGCUACCCCUGGUUCCUACAAAAGCAAACACGACUGCUGUUUGGGUGUGCGUUGGGAACUUCGGAAACUAAAGCAUCACUUUCUCUCAUCCCUCGGUGUCAACGUAUAUGACCCCGUUUCGCAUCGCGAAUCGAAGCAGGAAUGGAAAGGGACAAAGGUGAAUAAGGUCUACGGGGAGUCGCCUGAGGCACUCCCGUUCGCGAACGGGUCGAGAAUCUUAUUGGGUAUCCACGAAUGUCGAAGAGUGGAAAAGUGUGAUUUACCAUUACGGCCGACGGUUUUAACGGACUUCUCGGAACUAACAGAUAUGCACGUUGGGGACGGCGUCGAUGCCGGAGGAUCAUUUCUCAAGACUUUGCAGGGGAUCGACAGCCACUUCGUGGCCGGCUCGUGGAUCCUCUCGCUCGGCCUCCUCUUGGCGUGGUACAAUCUCACUCGAUGGCAGCGCAGCCAGCUGGAACCCGCUUCCCCUCCGUUCCGCUUCUCCAUCCGGUUCUUCCCCAGCGUCUGGGCCCUGGACUUCUGGGCCGUCUUCAUCUUCUUCAUCGGAGCGAUCAUCGAGGUUAACUCUCUGUACACCGACAUUCCGGAGGCGAACCUCCAGCACUCAGGAAUAUACUCCGCCUACAUGUUCUUCGCACUGGUCGGGAUCUGCACCGUGAGAGGUAUGGCCCUUCCCCCCGCCUCCAAAGAGGCAGCCUUCCUCGUCGCAAUAGCACUCGAAUGGAUCUCCAUCAAAAAUCAUCACUUACCUAGCCCUCUUCAUAAUGCGGUGCACAUGUGCUUCCUAUACGGGAUAUCGUUCGGGGUCAUUGGUGGGUUCUCGGUCCUCGUCCAAAACGCCAGCGUCCGCCCGGCAUCCCCUCAUUUCCCUCCAAUGUCCUGCAGCGUUCUCCCUGGCCUGCUCAUCUGCUUCUCCCUGAUACUGCAGGGGACGUGGAACAUCCAGAUCACAACGAUCUUGCAACCGCCGUGGAUUAACGCCUGGAAUCUGUACAACCCGAAGCACGUCUUGCUCAUCAUGUCGUACUGGUGCUUCCAUGCCAUCUUCGCUACGGCCCUCCUCUUCGUCCUCGUGCUUGUCACCGAAAGGGUUGUCAAGAGCAAGCUGAGGAAGUAUAAUACUGCCUUUCAGAACGAGAAAGAGCCUCUAUUGAGCUACCGUCAUGAUGAGAUAAAGGCUCCCAUUGGAGAAGAAUCAAAGCGCAGUCGGCUGGACCCCGACUCCCCUCCUUUUCGCUUCUGCGUCCGGUUCAUCCCCGGCGUCAGGGUCCUCGACUACUGGUUCCUCGUGGCCAUCAGCAUCACAGGGAUGAUCCUCGAAGUGACGAUGAACCCCACCGAACAGGAGACGGCCAUGCAGCACGUGGGGAUGUACGCCGCCUUCGUCUUCUUCGCACUGGUCGUGAUCUUCAUGGAGAAGGGAGUGGCCCUUCCCCCUGGCUCCCAGGAGACGGUCUUCGUCAUGGCGCUCUUCCUCGAGUUAAUCGGCACCAGCUGUCACCAAUCCGAAUUCCCUGUGGAAAAUACCAGUAUUUUCCCAGAAAAGAGAAUAGAUAACACGUCAAAGUUGGUUUCAAAUGGUUAUAUACCAGACUGUACGAGUAAGUUCUGGGAGAAGUGGAGCCGGAUCGUCUUCUUCUUCUUCAACGUCCAUGCCAUCAUCGAUGCGGCCCUCGUCUUCGUCCUCGUGCGAGUCACGGAAAGGAGCCAAAAGUCCCAGCCGACGAACUACAAACCGGAAGUUCAGGACGACGAAGAGCCCCUAUUGAACACCAGUCAGUCCGAGAGAAAAGCUUCUAUCGGUUGGGAAGCAAAGGCGUGA